AUGGUGAUAAAGUUUCCAGUCGACUUCUUCAUUGGAUUUCUCUGUAAUAAGUUGCACUGUGCUGGAUAUUCACCUUCAACUGUUCUAAGAAGGAGAGAACAUGGCAGAGAGCUGGACAGACUUUUUUGUGGUUCGGAGAUUUUCUCUGAUCUUUGUUCUGAGACUGGUCAUCUGCCUAACAGUGGGAUUAUCAAUCUGCCCACUUCUCGGGCGUCUUAUCAGCGACCUUCUCAGACCAAUAACAUAAUCUUAUCAGCUGUCUUCUCAGCAGACUUAUCAGAUUUAAUGCCUUAUCAGAUCAGUGGCCUCUCAAUUGCCCUUAUCAGAUCAGUGUCUCCUCAUCUGGCCUUAUCUGAUAAACUUUAUCUCUAG